AUGGGUGAGGUUGAGAAAGAUAAGAAGAUCUUUGUUCAGAAGUGUGCCCAGUGCCACAUUGUGGAAAGGGGAGGCAAGCACAGGACUAAUGGUUUCCAUGGUUUGUAUGGGAGGAAGGCUGGUCAGGCCACUGGAUUCUCUUACACAGAUGCUAAUAAGAACAAAGGCAUCAUCUGGGGAGAGGACACACUGAUGGAAUAUUUGGAGAAUCACAAGAAGUACAUUUCUGGAAGAAGCAUGAUUUUCACUGGCAACAAGGAGAAAGGAGAAAGGGCAGGCCUAGUAGAUUACUUUAAAAAAGCUACCAAUGAGUAA